AUGAACCAACCGACCAAAACCGCACAGCAGCCGCCUUGGCGAUUGAUUGGUAACGGCAGCCGCAGGCCUAUCCACGCCUCGUCAGCGAUCCGUCUGCUCAUUGGUUGGUUUGGAUGGCAGAAAGUUGGUAGGGCGGGGCGGGGCGGAGCGGUUAGAAAAGAAUGCCAGUCGAUCGAUAUUCCUGUCGGUUGGGUCAAGAUACCGAGUCUGUAUGCAGAUAGGUGUUUGCUGGACCGACAGCUUAUCGAAUGGCCUAAGCCCACCGACAGCUGA